UCCCUCAGAGAGGCACAGUGCGGGGGCAGGGCCGUGGGGGUCGGCUUGUGUACCUGUCCAGCGAGCCGGGGACGGAUGUGGUGGUGUUCAGUUUGAAACAGGAAGCCUAGCUUUCUCGCAGCCUCUCAUCUGUGUGAGGUUGUCAGUGAGCGGCGACGCAGCCUGGAAAGGCUUUACUGAAGAUAUGCAAGCCAUGUCCAGCCCUGACUGGCCUCUCCUGGCCAGCAUCUCUGUGGCUUCUCUCUCUCUGUUUUCUGUUUUAUGUCUUUGGUGCAAAAAGAAGCACAGGUUGAUACAGGAGAAUCACAUCUAUGACCCUCAGGUGUUCCAGCGUGAGGGAAGCAGAUUUGCAGUAACGCGAUCUAAGACAGUCAUACGGCCAAACCAAAUAAUGCGCCAGUUGCCAUUAACACCUCCAGAGGAGCCCGUGACGUUACAGACACAAAGUUCACAAGAAAAGAAGACACAAGAAGACAAGUACAAAUAUCAAAAUGCUCACGAUGCUACGAUGGGAACCUGUGAACCUACAUAUGUAGAUCCUAUUCCUGCCCUAGUUUACCAGAACAUUGAUGAAACCAUGAAUACAGACCAGAGGGACUCAGAGUCGGACACUGAACAAUGUCCAUACGAGAAUGUUUUCCCCUCGUUACCUUUGAGCGACACCAUGAACAGCAAUAAUGAUGGGUCAGACUACGAGAACUCAGAGUUCCUGGAGCAGGUGAAGAGGGACCAGGAAGAUGAUGAACCCGACUAUGUGAAUGCAGAUAAUGAAGGUAGUGGUUGAUCUGGAAACCACCCAACAAGUGGGAAGUGACUUCUUCUAUAAUAAUCUGACAGCUCAGAGGUCCAGGCCUACGGACGGAUCUGCUGCCACCUAGUGUUCCAACCUGUAAUAGUCUUUACUUUGACCUUGUGAUUAAUAAUUCCACUUCUGCUCUGUAAAUAAAUAUUUUUUAUUUGUUGUUGAUGAAUUAAAGCUAAAAAAAAUUAAAAACAUUAG